GAGGGCAACUUUUCACUGGAACAUCCCCGAAUUAGCUGCUCGUGCUCUCCCAAAAUGCCUCAGAUCACGACCGAAGGAGCCGAACAAGAUUCUGAACCGACAUCGACGCAGAACGGCACCGGUGAAACAGCAGAAACCGGCGUGGAAGGACAGGCCGAGCCGGACCCCAAACAGGAACCGGGCGACAACAACGAGAGCAGAGCAGGAAUGGACGGGAGCAGUGGUCGCGGUGCGGCGGAGGGGCGCGGGGACAACCUGUCUCCCGGUCCCGACGCCGACAAGGAGACCGCCUCGCCGAGCGAAAAAGACGGUAACGACGGAGGGGAAGCCGGCGGUAAACUCUCCGAGCCGGGGAAAAGUCCCGUACAGGGGAGUUUGGCAAGUAGCACUGAUUCCGCACAAGAGGGCUCCCGGGUGCUGAAACAAGAACAAAGAGAGGCAGAGAACGUGUCCUCCUCACCGCCGGCCCACCGCACAAAGACCGCGGAGAAAGCCGAGCACGGCACCAAGAGACGGGCCAGCGUGGAGCUGACCUCGUCGGAUGGAGAGCCGCUGAGCCGGAUGGACUCAGAAGACAGUAUCAACUCCACCCUGAUGGACAUGGACAGCACAGCGUCCAGUGGUCGCUCCACCCCAGCCAUGCUCAACGGCCAUGGCGGCGGCUCGGUGGCAGUGAGCAGCUCAGCGCCAGCAGGAGGAAAGUCUCUGAGCUACACCUGCUGCUGGGAUCACUGCCAGCUGCUGUUCCCCAGCAGCCCCGACCUGGCCGAGCACAUCAGAGCCACACAUGUGGACGGACAGAGAGGCGGGGUGUUUGUGUGUCUGUGGAAGGGCUGCAAGGUGUACAACACUCCGUCCACCAGUCAGAGCUGGCUGCAGAGACACAUGCUGACCCACAGCGGGGACAAACCCUUCAAGUGCGUGGUGGGGGGCUGCAACGCCACGUUCGCCUCACAGGGGGGGCUGGCACGCCACGUCCCCACUCACUUCAGCUCCCAGGGCUCGUCCAAAGUGUCCAGUCAGGGCAAAAUCAAGGAGGAGUCUCCGUCCAAGGCUGGCCUCAACAAGAGGAGGAAACUCAAGAACAAACACAAGCGCUCGCUGCCACGACCUCAUGACUUCUUUGACGCUCAGACCAUGGACGCCAUCCGCCACCGAGCCAUCUGCCUCAACCUGGCAACACACAUCGAGAGCCUGGGCAACGGACACAGCGUGGUCUUCCACAGCACGGUAAUAGCCAGGAGGAAGGAGGACUCUGGGAAGGUGAAGGUUCUGUUACACUGGACACCUGAAGACAUACUGCCAGAUGUGUGGGUGAACGAGGGCGACAGGCUGCAGCAGAAGACCAAGGUGGUUCAUCUGUCCCAGCUGCCCACAGACACAGCUGUCCUGCUGGACCCCAACAUCUACCGGAUGUUCUUCUGACCACCUCCCUGCCAGCUCCACUGUAGGAGGAGACCAGCUCCUUUUCCUUCUGUCUCCAUCCCUACGGUCCUCCUCCCUCUUCCCGAGGGAUGCUGGGAGUUUGGUAACCUGUGUGUCGUGGCUUUCUGAGGCCUCCAGUGUUUUCUCCUUUAGGUGCUAAGUUUACUGAGGAUGUGUAGGAGAGAUGUUGCUCGUUUUAGGUAACACAACUAGACUGAAAACUAACUGACAGCUGUAACUGUAGACUGUAGAGAGAAACGGUCUUUGUAAAUACUUGAGAUUUGUAAUAUAUUUUUAUACUUUGAAUUUUUUACUGUACUGUAGAUAGAUGUCUUUUUUUCUGCCAAACAUUUUUUACAUAGAUGUUUUAAAAAUGGAUAAUAUUUGUCAGUUGCAUAUAACUGGCACUGCUCUGGUCUGAUGUCAUUAAAUUUUUCCAACAUCC